AGUCAAAUGUUUCUUGACUUUGACAGGAAGCUCUUAUUAUUGAUAAUCCAUCAAUUGUUAUUCUGAUAAAAAUAAUCGAUAGAUAUUAGUAAAUAUUGAUAAACAAAAUGAACGGUAUUAAAGGUAAGGGACCUGUGUUCGACCCGGGUCUCUGCAGAUGUUGCGGUGCCAUUAAAAAGUGCCGACUUUUAAAUUACGAGUACGAAAGCUUUGGAAAUAAAGAAAUAUAUUCUGACAUGAUCAUGGAUUGUUACGGACUCGUCCUGUCUCAUUUAGACGGGAAGCAGACUGAGAGGCUGGUGUGUGCGUCUUGUGUCCACCGUCUAAGGGACGCUAUGGCAUUCAGACAGCAAGUGCUGAAAUGCGAAGAGGCAUUCCUCCAGGUCAAGAUAUACGACGAAAAAGAGAAUCACGCGGAAGAACAGAAAAUCGAGGUGGAAGUCAAGCUUGAACCGGAAGAGAUCAGCAACGAGACCGAGAUGCCCAAAGACGCGCUGGCAGACGAGUCGCAGACUGACAACGAAAUUAAACCGGACAUGGCAACAAAUGCACCAAACGAGGACAUUCCGCUACAGGAAAUAGUGACGGAGGAUGAAGACAACAAAUUAGAUAAGAUCAACGUAGAAGCUUUGCCUAAAAGAUUUAAAACCAUGAAGAGAUUGUCAGCGGAGAGAAGCAAAAUCCCAAUGUCGAAACUUCAGCAACGGAUGAGGGAGCGGGACCCCACGUAUAUAACCGAGACGAACAUACUCACAAUCGUUGAGUUUUCGUACGCUUGUCCAUUCAAAUGCCGCCACAACCACCUGCUGUGCUUCUACUGCGGUCAGAACUUCUCCGACCCGCAGCAGCUCAGGGACCACACCUCGCAGUUCCACCAUCCAAGGAAAUUCAAAAUAACGGACCACAAAAACAUGCUCAAGUUGGACCUCACCCGGAUAGACUGCAGGCUCUGCGGCCACAAGACGGACGACCUCGACGAUUUCAAGACCCACGUGACCGAUGUCCACAAAAAGAAAUAUUACUUCAACGUCAAAGAUCUGAUGCUGCCAUUCAAGUUGUCCAAGGACGAGUUCAAGUGCGCGCUCUGUGACGUCAUCUUCCCCUACUUCCACGCUCUCAACAAGCACAUGAACGAGCACUUCAGCAACUACGUGUGCGAAACCUGCGGGCUCGGGUUUGUGGACCGCGGCAGGUUCCUGAUGCAUCAGCAGCGGCACGAAGAGGGCGACUUCCCGUGCGAAGUCUGCGGGAAGGUUUUCAAAGCCCAGUACAAUAAAGAACUGCAUAUUGAUCGAGUUCACAAAAAGAAAGGUCGUGUGUAUUGCCCGAAAUGCGACGUGAGGUUAAUGAACUACCCACAAAAACUGAAACACCUGGUCGAAGUCCACGGCGAGGAGCCCCUGUCCUUCAGCUGUAACAUGUGCGACAAAGUCUGCGAGACGCGAAGAAAACUGACAAUACACAGACGGAAAGAACAUUUGAAAGAUUACAGAUACGAAUGCCAGUGUUGCGGGCAGAAAUUUUUCACACGCUUCGCCCUGACCAACCACAUGCCGACACACACAGGCGAGAGGAACUUUAAGUGCAAGGUCUGCGAGAAGACCUACCCUCGCCUGAAAACAUUGAAAGACCACCUCCGCAUCCACACCAACGACAGGAGGUACAGGUGCCACAUAUGCGGACAGGCCUUCAUACAGAACUGCAGCCUCAAAGGGCACAUGAAGAGCCAGCAUCCCGAAUAUAGCUAGUUUUUAUUUACGACCAGGUUAUUUUUAGGUCAUAAGCGCUGGAGUUAUUUGCAAUAAAGUUAUCUUUGUUGGGUGAAUUACAGCGCUGUCUAUGUGCUAUUUUUUGUUAUCUCUAUUGACUGCAUCUGAACGCAGCUAGUUGUUAUCGGUGGCGAGAUUUUUUCUUGCUCAUACAGUUUAAGGCAUCCGAUGAGUUAUUUGUACAGGUUAUUUUGUUAACUUAAUUUUCUAUAUUGAUAUUAAAUUUAGAUCCACACUGACUGCAGACUAUAUAUUGGCUCGGAGCUAUUUUUACACAUGCAUCGUACUGAUCUCAUCGAGUUAGAGGACUAAGAUAUAUAUAUAAAAUAUCUUUACCCUCAAUAUUCAAAUAAUAUCGGUUCUCACUCACCUUGUCAAUAGAAAAUGCACCAAAACUGAGAGUUCGUAAAGAAAGUACACACGGACAGCUCCGAGGUGCGCCAUUCACCUUGAGGUACUAUCAUUAAGGGACUGAACGUUGCCCGCACACGGAACCUAACAGAGUCCCAUUUAACCUGCCCACUGCUGUGCAAUAUCAAUGCUUUAUAAUUUGUAUUUAAAAAAAUUCCUUAAUUCUUAUCUAUUACAGAGACAUACUUCAGCCUGUAGAUUUAUAUUUUAAAUGUAAUAAAAAAAUUCUUACAGAUCAA